AUGUCCGGGUUCGACAAUGAUAUAUCGAUUGGAGCGACGAUGACGCAAAGUCAGUCAAGUCAGAGUUUCAGCCUGCAAAUGUUCGGGUUCGUUCUUUAGAUUUUGAAAGAGUUUGUAGGAAUAUGCUGAAGUUUCGUAAUUUUAGCUAUUUGUCUGUAAUUCUUCAGUUUUAAAUAAAAUGGAGAAAAACGCGUAAAAAAUGCAGUUUUUUGCAGGAAGCCAUCGAUCGUGUUGGCGCACGUUUCGUUCAAAGCCGCCGCCCUUUUCUUCUACUUUUUCGCCAAUUUCUUCACCAACUCUUUCAUCGUUCAAUUCCUCGUCAUUGUGAGUAUUUUCCCUUAUGUUUCGGGCCAAAAAUUUGGAAAUCUUGCAGCUAACACUGUUGUCAAUGGAUUUUUGGACGGUGAAGAACAUCACGGGCCGUCUUUUGGUCGGCCUCCGCUGGUGGAACUUUGUGGACGCCGACGGCAACAAUCACUGGAAGUUCGAGAGCGCAAAGGAAAUGUCGCGCUUUCCGGCCAUCGAUCGACGCGUUUUCUGGCUCGGAUUGGUGGUCGGACCCGCCGCCUGGAUCUUUUUCGUCGUCACUGCCUUCCUGACACUGAAGGUAAAUUUUUGAAAGUUUUUGCUGAUUUUCUAAGCCGUAAUUUUUGCAGUUCGAAUGGAUGAUUGUGGCUCUUUUGGGCGCGCUGAUGAAUCUGGCCAAUUUGUGGGGAUAUUUGCGUUGCCGAUGGAAUAAUACCGAACAAAUGACGAGCUAUUUCCAGAAAUGGGCCUUCCUCAAUGUGAAUUUCAUCGAUUUUUCCCAAAAAACACGCAUUUUUUGCAGGUGCUCCGUCGUGCUCAACCAGCUUCGCAAGAGUACUCGAAUCCGGUGUUCAGUGCAUAA